GUAUAAAUACUUCAUUCGCACUCAAAGCCGCUCAGGUUUCGCCACGGCACAAGUUUUUGGAUACCCACACCGUGCAAUGGCUCUCGCCACUCGCCCCGCUGCGCUGAAGGUUGGGACUACGCGCGUGUCGCGUCGCCCACAAGCCAUUCGCGCUUCCGCGUCUGCGCGCCCCGAGGUUGCCGCGCCCGUGGAUGACUCCGUCGCCGGCCCCAGCCGUCGCGGCCUGAUGGCCAUGGCUGCCAGCGCCUUCGUGGGUCUGGCCACCAGCUCCCGCCCCGCCUUCGCCAAGACCUGCGCGGCGGAGACGGAGACUGAGGCGGAGGACGACGCGUGCCGCAACGCUGUGCUCAACCGGGACCUCAAGUCGGUGCAGCAGGCGGACGCCAACUACAACGCCAUGUCCAAGAACCAAUACACCACUGUGUCGGGUGUGCCUGUGGCGGUCCUGGACAGCGAGUACGCGCGCGCCACGUUGAAACUGCGCGAGGACAUCCUGCAGUACGCCGAGCUGGACAUUCAGGACUACAAGACGCGUGUGCCGCUCAUCAAGACCAUCAAGACCGAGGGCGCGGACUGGGUGUCCAAGUACGCGCGCGGCGGCUCGGCCCGCUCCGACUCGGCACGCCGCAUGUACAUCGCCGUGGACGCACUCAUCGGCCACCUGGCCGCCAACGGCUACGCGCCCAUGCCCAAGCCCAAGCUCAAGGUGGUGCUUGUGAACAUCGACCAGGCCAAGGACUUCCUUGAGAUUGGCAAGUAAAGCAUUUGAUGACUACUGUGGAUGUGUUGAAAGGUGUUGUUGCUUGGGUAUUUGGCUGUGAUGAGGUGUUGGGGCCUCACGCGCGCGUUGGCCACCCAAGGCGUAGGGCCAUGGUACAGGUCGGACCCGGGCCACGCGGCUGCAGGCGCCGCGUUGCUGAGUCGGAGCGGCGUACCUGCCAAUGGGAGGGCCGGGUGGUGAAGGAACUUUAAUCGUUUGUGGUCAGAGCCCGAUGCAGUGCCGCCACGUUUUGUCUGCAUUAGGUGCAGUGGCACCACUUGCCGAGCGUUAGAUCAUCGCCCGUCGGAGGCUGUUAAGUUGUUGAUAAGGUGGAGGCGGUUUUUGGGCAUUGGUGUGGUGUGGGCGGGUCUGGGGUACAGAGCCGGGUGGGCUGCGUACGUGAGGGUACGUGUGGUGCGUUGGAGCUCUUGAGGAGGGCACGCCGACCGGUCAACCGCACGAGUGGUCGCCCAGAAGUUGGGACUGGUAAGCGGCUGCUUAUUGUUUUGAAAGUAUUGGGGCCAACGGGCCCUCAGCACCAGAGGUGCGAGCAAUUCUUCGGAUGACGUGACGUGCAGGAAGCACGCUUGUACAACAUGUAACUGGAAAGGACU